AUGAGUUCUACAAAUAUUAUUAGGGUAACGCUUCCUGACAAAGCAGUACAGUUCAUAGAAAUUGAACAAGAUGGCACAUUUGGCGAUGUUUGCUCAUACGUACGCAAACUUUUUGAUGUUUCAGAUUCAAUGGUCUUGAUUCCUCAAACGGAGAACAGAAUUACAGACACAACAAAGAUUGGAUCGCUAUUUACAGAUAAGAUUCUCCAUAUAAGUGUCAAAAAUUCUUUUGAUCACGAAGCUCAAGCCUAUCUUGACUCCAUUUCUCAUAACAAGACUAUUGCAAAUAGUCAACAAAAUACCGAUAGACUCAAAAAACAUAAAAUUAUCCAUGCAAAGGACGAAACGAAAGAAACUCCGAUUCCAAUUCCAAUUUCAAGCUUACUUACUUCGAUUGUUGAAGUCGAAACAGAACCAGACUAUAACAGAUACAAUUACAAAUGA